UUGAGGGGCUAGAGUAGUCAUUUACCCUAAAUAAAAUGAUAGAUUCGAAACUAACAAACCCUUGGAAUGGCGCCAUCGAAUAGAAACAACCAAAAGAAUCCUGGAACGCGGAAGCUUUCGUCUUCAAAAAAUGUUACUGGGGAAAACCAUCAAACACCUUCCCUCCAUUUCUAUUAACAAAUCUUUCCCUCGCUUUUCUUCCUCCCUUUCCGUUCUCUCAGCUCACGACCCGACAUCCGACUCGGAUCCACAUGCUCUUUUAAAGCAGGACCCAAUUGACAUCUGCCUUUCAAUAUGGGUUAAAUCCUUCUCUUCACCACCCACCGCCACUUUCCCAAACCUCACCGGCUUCCUCUCAAAAUUCGAUCUCUGGGUCUUAGCCUACCAACGCUCGUGCGCUCACGUGACCGGUACCUUCCCUCCCCGCAACGCCAUCCACUUCCAGACCCUCCAUUCCCUUCUCUCCCUCCAAAGCGCAGUCGUUCACGGCCGCCGUUUCAAGUGGAACAACAAGACCCAUCAGCUUAUUCGUAGCCCAAACGACAAGCCGUCGACGAGUUUAAUCUCAAAGAGAAAACUUCAAGCUAUGCUUCAAUCCCCUGACCCCUGUUUUCAGGACCGCGUUGUUCAAGAGGUUCUUUUGAUGGUCCUGGAACCGAUUUUUGAACCCCGGUUUUCAAGCAAAUCUCAUGCCUUUAGGCCUGGAAGGAGUGCCCAUAGCGUUAUCCGCACUAUUCGGAGUAACUUUGCUGGGUAUCUUUGGUUUUUAAGAGGUGAUUUGAGUGAGUUAUUUGAUAAUGUGGAUGUAAAUGUAAUCAUGGGUUGUCUCGAAAAGGUUGUAAAAGAUAAGAAAGUUUUGAAUUUGAUUAAAUCUGGGCUUAACCAGCCUGUUAAGAAGAGAUUGAAGAGCGAUGACGAUGGUGGUAGUGGUGGUGGUGGAGAUUUGAAGAGCAAAAGGAUGAAAAAAAGAAAGGCUACUAAGAAGAAGAUUUUGAAUGAGAAUGAGCCUAAACCGGACCCCUAUUGGUUGAGGACCUUCUUUGAUUUUGCUCCUGAGGAAGCUGCUAAGGUACCUUCUUAUGGUUGUUGUGGAAUUUUGAGUCCUUUACUUGCUAAUGUCUGUCUUAAUGAAUUGGAUCAAGUGAUGGAAGAGAAGAUAGUUAAGUUUUUUAGGCCGUCUAAGCAUGACUCGAUAUGGAAAGAUACAAUUAAUGAUGGAUGUCAUAACCCUUCUUGGCCUGAGUUUGUUCCGUCUAGUGGUAGAGAGAAAACUAGGAAAAUGGAUUACAUAAGACACGGAAGUCAUUUCUUCAUUGGCAUUCGAGGACCCAGAGAGGAUGCAGUGCAAAUUAGAAAGGAAAUAAUUGAGUUCUGUGAGAGCGAAUUUGGGAUAAGGUUGGAUAACUCUAAAGUGGAGAUAGAACACAUAAGUAGAGGAAUUCAAUUCUUGGACCAUAUAAUUUGUAGGAGAGUGAUACACCCUACCCUUCGUUACACAGCUAGUGGAGGGAACAUUGUGAGUCAAAAGGGUGUAGGGACUUUGCUUUCAGUUACAGCUAGUUUACAGCAAUGUAUUCGUCAGUUCAGGCGGCUUCACUUUGUCAAGGGUGAUAAGGAUCCUGAGCCUCUGCCUUGUACCCCAAUGCUCUACUCGAGUCAAGCUCAUACAAAUUCACAGAUGAAUAAGUUUCUUGAGACCAUGGCUGAUUGGUACAGAUAUGCUGAUAAUCGAAAGAAAGUUGUUGGCUUUUGUGCUUAUGUGAUUCGUAGCUCUUUAGCUAAACUGUAUGCUGCAAGGUAUAGGCUAAAAUCUCGUGCCAAGGUGUAUAGGAUAGCUUCACGUGAUCUUAGUCGUCCAUUGAGGGAGAGUAGCAACAAUUCAGCACCGGAAUACUCUGACCUUUUAAGGAUGGGACUUGUUGACGCAAUUGAAGGUGUUCAGUUCUCACAUAUGUCUUUGAUUCCAUCUUGUGAUUACACUCCAUUUCCAAGGAAUUGGGUACCAGACCAUGAGCAGCUUUUGCAUGAGUAUAUUAGACUACAAGACCCAAAAUUCUUCUGCAAUUUGCAUAGGUCGAUAAAACGUGAAGGCCUAAGUUUACCUCAAGAUGAGUUAUCUGGGAUUGUGUGGGAUUAUAAGACUCUGGGAAUUUGGAGAUAUCGGUCUAAUACUGGCCAAGAAACAAAAGAGGGUUCAGAAUAAAAGGUAGGGGAAACUUGUAUAUUGUUUCCCAGUAUUAGAAAAUAGUUUGUGCUUGGUUUUCCUUCUUCAGGGAACAUUUGUUAUCCUUAAGCUAAUGAAAUACUAUCAAACUGGGCAGGCUUGGUUCAUUUGCCUCUUGGGGAAGUUCAUUUGAAGAUCUGUCUUUUCUCCUAACAAAUAAAAAAAUCGAUUCAUUUAUGAGCAUCAUUGGGAAAAUAGAUGUUGAAGGAUCUUAUGAAUAACUGCUAAAGUUUCACAUAGACUAUAAAAGGGACUUAUGUUCAAUCCUGCCUUCAUCAGAGAAUGAGGUUUGGGGAAUUGUGGAAGGCUAGCACCUGCUGCAUAUUCCAAUUAUAGAAACAAAAUGAGAUUCUUCUAACAUAGGAAAAAUAGGUCCAUUUGAUGAGCAUGGUAUUUAAUGUUUGCAGUAUUGCUCAUUUGUUCAUUACUCAAUUUCUUUUAAUUGUAAUUAUUGAUCUUUGCUUGAUUUACCAACUUGGCUCUAUAAAUAUUUAACAUGUUUCUUCUCUGAUUCUUUCA